CGGGCAGUGGAAAACGCCAAACAGUGGUUGGCGUUGUUGUUCGGUUGCAGUUGGAUGAAACUGAAGUCUGUAUCAGCAUGGGGCAAGGAACAAGCAAGCCAUCCUCAAAGACGCAAAAUGCCAAAAGUAAGAAAAGUUCAUCUGCAGAAGUAGCCUUGGCUCAAACAGCUUGUUCAUCUGUUGAAGCCACUCCCUCCUCAUUCAAGGAUGCUACAUCCCCAACACUGAGCAACAAAUUACUGAACUAUUUCUCUCCCAAACCUGAAGUGACAGCUUCUGGUACAGCUACUUCUCCUCUUCCACCAUCAUGUAGUUCUCUUGCCAGGGGCUUCAGAGAUGAACUUGGUAAAAUAUCUCCUGCUCUGCAACGCCGGGUGAGCUCGUCAUUCUUCUUAGGCAAAAUGCUGAUAUCUCCCAGGCGUCCUUUGCGUGAGGAUGGAGAGAUCCAGUCACCAUCAGAAUUAGAUGGGAGCAGCAAUAAGAUUCUGUCAGGAAAUUUGAGCACUCCUAAAUCUUUGAAAAGGAAAGCUUCACCUGAUCUUUCUUCUUAUUCAAAAAAGAGGAAACCAGACCGAACAGCUUCCCCUCCUCUGAAGACAGAUUGGAAACUCUUAGCAAUGAGAGCUCAAGUUGAGGAACAAGAUGAUGAUGAUUCAGAGCAUCUGGCAGCUUUGGAUGAUGUUGAAUCUCAAGCAUCAUCUGCAGUGAAUGCUGAGCUUGGAGAAAAUGGUACUUGUGAGAAUGAUGGUAUAACUUGUGAUAACAGGCAGGAUGACCAGCUCUCUUCAGAAAAGUCUGCAGUGGCAAAUGAUGAGGAAGUUAGUGAGGCAUCAGAUGAAGAAAUGACUGAUAUUACUGUGAAGGAAACAGAAACUGUGGAAGCGUCUUGCUUAUCAGCACCUUACUCUCCUUCACAGCUUCCUAAGGGAGCCAUGUCAGUCAUGGACUUUAGUAGGUAUUCAGAAAUGACAUGCCCUUCUCCUGCAGCCACUCAUCUUGUGCAAGACUCCACGAUUGAAGAACUUGACGAGAGUGAUAAUGCUGCUAACAAAUCAUUCACCCAAACAAUUGGCAAAGGCUUAAGGAUCCUCAAAGAAACCAUUUUAGGAACAGACAAUGUCCUGUCUUCAUACCGAGGAGAAAUUGCCAAAGAUACCAAAGAUGGGGUUCUCUCUAAAAAUAAAGAUCUAAAUGAUAUGAUAGAUUUUGAUUCCAAUACCUCAGAAAGCAAUGAUAGUGCAAGUGACCAAUUCGAUGUGAAUAACCACCAUGAAAUGAUGAGGGGUAUCAGUGAGACUCGUUCUCACAGCAGUGCUGAUGAAGGUGACAUGGAUCAAAAUACCCUUCCACGAGCAAGCACUACACAUAGCUCUACUGAUACAAGAAAGAAUUUCUCAUCUGAGUGUAGGAUAACAGAAUCUAAGGAAUCUCAUAUGAAUGAGAAUGAAGCUACUACCAAAGUGAAUGAUGACAAUAUUCCUGUGGCAAAACCAUUCAUGCGAGCACCUUCCUCAGAAGACGAGUUCUAUCAUCACGCCCCUUCUAAAUCCACAUUCAGCUCGUCAAUCUCUAAAGGUAAAUGGCCUAGUUUCUCUCUAAUAUCAACCAGCGCAGUGUCGACUCUUCCUGUAGCUUCUUUCCAGUAUUUCAAGUCCAUCAUUACCUCUGACAGUUCCACUGUUCCAAGUGAUGAUAAAAUGAAGCAGACUGCCAAUGGUGAACGGGAACCUUUAUCUCCCGUGGUAAAUAGGGAUGAAAGCAAUGGCAGCACUGAUGAGUUUUCCAAUUUGAAUGGUGUUGAAUGUUUGCCAGAAAGUAAGAAUACUGCUGAUGUUGAAGAUGCUGGUGAAGCUGAAGAUGCUGGUGAAGCUGAAGAUGGUGCUAAAGCUGAAGAUGCAGAUGGUGCUAAAGCUGAAGAUACAGAUGGUGCUAAAGCUGAAGAUGCUAAUGAGGCUAGAGACGAAGCUUUGGAUGUAGAUGAUGUUGAGAAUGUAGAAAAUAUGUCUGUCAACUCAAGGUCUUCAUGUGAAGAAGGAAAUAAAAAUGUUGAGACUGAGGAAAACCUUGCAUUAGUUUUUCAAGAUAAUUCAGCUGAUUUGUGUCCAGGUGAUCUGGGAGAUAACAAAGACUUGAACAAAGAUAAAACUCCUAAUGAGAAAGACGAAUCUUUGGAGACAUCCCUGGCUAACUCGGCUGCAGAGCAACCCUCAGUUGCCACACCUAAACGAUCUCAAAGAAUAGCAUCUAUCCACAGUGCUAAAAAUGUAAAUGUUGAACCUAGUCAGAAGCAUAGAGAGGACACUCCCAGCAGUGUAAGCAGUCGCAGAAGGCGUCGAUCAUGGAGCAGUGAAAGCGAUGUAUCUCUUCAGACCAGUCUUGAGAGCUCCAAUUCUGCAGCUGAAGCAUCACAGUCUCCAAGAAAGAAAAGGCAAUGCACUAGCAAAACUUUCGAUGCUCCUGCUUCUGAGAAGUCAAUUGUAGUUGAUCAACAAGCUGAAAAAUCAGCCCAGAAGCAGAGUUACUCAUCAUAUGGCGGUAGUCAACUCCAAGACCUGUCGCUACUGCGUGAUGAUAUAAGUGCAAAGUACGCCCGUGACCAUCAGCUUGUGGUGGUGGUGAUGAGGUCCAGCGUUGGUGGUAGCGGUGGCAGUUGUGCUCUCGUGCGUGAGCUGAGACAGCAAUUCCCUAAUGCCCCAUGCAUCAGUGCCCCUGCCAAGCCUGGCAAGAAGACAAGACGUGGAGCUCAUCGCGGCGACGGGCUGAAGCAGCUGGAGGCCUGCGUGACACAGCAGCAGACGCCAGUCAUCGUCGAGGCGGCGGUGAGGGCGCACGUGGCCCCGUACUUCCUCAUUGCUCACUCCGCCAACUACAUCUCGCUGGUGAUCCAUGAAGCUGCCUUCUCUGCGCCAGCUUUCCAGCCAGCGAAGGACAGCCUGCCAUUCUGCUACAGCUGGUUCCUGAGCCUCACAGACUCGGUCGAACUCAUGACCCUGUCGCGCCAGCUGCUCAAACGCCUGUUUGACGUCAGUGUCUUCAGGAAGGACAUCUUGCCUCGCUCUGGACACACAACUGUCAAGGAUUUCUUGGCGUCGUACGUUGCCAACAACACGGUGGGUGGUCCGCAGAUCCUGCACUGCACCGCUAAGGGCAGUUCAUCAUCCAGCGAUGUGCUCUACACGGCGCGUCGUGAGGUGCAGCGAGCGCUAGGCCUCGUGUCGACCCUCAACAUCGUGGGCUUCGUUGUCACGCCGCGCACCUUCGGCGCCUGCGUGAAGCUUAGCGACGAGCAGCUCUGUCUGUGGGAUAACGACGACGCCCCUGCGGUCCCUAAGGUCAUCAGAGAAAUGAUUGAACAACAGAAAAUUUUUAUUUUCCCUACCGAUGUUGCUGAUUCAUCCACAAAUCAUGACAAUGAUGUUUCUGAACACGAGGAAGAUGAUGCAGAAGAAUUCAGAGGGUUUGACGCCAAUAAGAAAACUCUCAAGCUGAUCCCUAGAGACGAGAAAUGCAUUGAUUCCUUGCCCAACUCAGCUAAAGGCUCUCGCGCUCACAUUACACUGGGCUGCAAUACUCGCAAAGUUCAUCCCAGAACUACAGGAUAUGACGUCAUUUUGGCUCGCCAGCUGGAGGUAGAGUCCCGUACAAGGGUGAGCUCUAAGGCUAGUGUUGAGCAGCCUAAUAGUUCUCUAGAUGACACAAUUGAACUAGCUGUAGACCACGGAAAAUCUUCCAAUGAUGUAUCUGGUGAAUUAGAAAGAGACGACAACAAAGCAGCUACUGAUAACGAAGGUGGCGAUGACCUGACCAUGAGUGACAUUGAAGCUGCAAUGAACGAGUCUGUAAACAAAGAAGACGAUAAGGACAAAAGUGAUUCAGUUGAGGAUUUGUUGCAGGACUGCGACUCUUCUGAUGUCGUCACUGACGAGAGUGUGACACGCUUCAACAUAGACGGUGCUAGGGUGUUUGGCUUUGGUCAAGGUGUCUGGGUCGUAUACCCUGAACAACAGAUUACUGUCGCUGCUAUGUUCGCUGGCUUCCACAACUCAGAAUGAAGAAAACAUCUCAACCAGAGCUAUGUGGCCGCUCUUGUCAUUAAUCUUGAGCCUUGAUGGAUGUAAAACUUAGUGACAAGCGCGUUUGUUCUCUAAGAUGCCUUAACACUUUUUCUAGACUUGAAAAUAUUCUUGAUACUCGUUAGUAAACUAUUAGAGAUGAAUUUUCUCGCCUGUUAGCUAGAGUGACGGAUUAAUGAAAUAAUACAUUCAUUAAAAACUAAUAUGACCUGGUGCCGUCGAAAUUGCUAGAAAAGGGCUCUUGGAGAUGAACUCGUUUGUCACUAUAAUGUAAAGAAGGCAUCAAUGUAUCUCCUGUACGUGAUUGCGUAGAUGUUACUUAGCCGUAUUAGGUUACUCUGCUUAAAUUAAAAGCCACUGUAAAUUGUGGGGAUUUCUUAAUCUGAACCAACAAUGAACUACCAUCGGUGUUGAGAGAUGGAAGGAAGAUUCCUUUUCUCUCUAAGUAAAGCUUUUUAUCUUUGUACGAGCAUUCUCUCAUUUAGUGUUGUAUCGCGCGUUUCUAUUAGGUCAAAUCGCACUCGAUAUCAACGUACUCAUAAUUUCCAUUGCUAGUUUGCUUCAAGUUUUUGUUGACGUACUUUUAAGUUUAGUAAUUACUCUAUCAAUUACUUAUAAACCGAAUUGGUCAUGUCCAUCUCUAAAUGUGAUACGUACAUGUCUAUCAAUUUUUUUUUCAUAUUUGAUAUAAUUCAAGGAUCAUGGCAAGAGGAAGUAUGGUACACGAGAUCCGUCACUGAGUUACCUUUUUUUAUCCAUGCCAUCCUAACUUUAUAAUUCUUAUGCGUUAGGAAUUUUUUUAUGAGAGCCAAAAGAAGACUUAUGAGUUCCAUAAUUUCAUUGAAUAAUUCUUUUAGGGUAUUUUUAGUAUGAGCUUUGUGAUAUUCUCUUAUGUCCCUGAUACUUCGGGUCAGUAUUAUUUUGUUUGCUUUAGUUACGAACUCGAACUAUUUGCUCCAUCAACACUCAGAGCAGAUAGUUAUCGGCUUGUAGCUUUGUUCCAAGGAAGGCUUCUCACCACUUCAUUUAACAUUCUCAUUGAUCAAACGAGCUGCAAGUGUUGCAGCUUGUAGGGGAUAUCUUGGACUUUUUUCCCCAUUAGGAUAUAGAACAAUGCUUAUAUUCGAGGCUUCUCUAUACCGAUGUAAGGGUUUUAAUUGACAACAUGAGGAAUUAUAUGAUCUGUCUCUGCG